AGUCAUAAAUUUAACGUAGGAGUUUGUCAUCCUUAGGUAAUUUGCAAUUAACCAAUUUAAUGAAAUGUAAAAUUUAUUUGAAAUGAUGUUUUAAAUAAUGUCAACAUUGACAAUAUGAACGAUAAAAAUAUAAGUAACGAUUUGCAACUACCAUCGGAAAAAGUACCGAAAUGUUGGAAUCAAGAAGAAAGAAUGAAUGCAUUAUUCUCACCAUUUCGUAGUAAAUCUGCUAAUUCACAGGAUUGGAUCUCUAAAUAUAAGUUCUGGCAUGAUUUAAUAUAUGAGUGGCUAAAAUAUACUGAACAAUGUAGUUUUUCUAUCAAUGAUCUAAAUGAAGCUUUUAAAAGAAAAGGUUGUGUACCUCUUUGUUUAGUUACUGUGAUUGAAGAACUUAUCAGACACAAUGAAAUAAUUCCAGAGACUGAUUUUUUAAAAGAACAAUGUGAAACUUGGACAGCAUGGUCCUUUGAUACUUUUUUAAGAAAACCAAUUAACUGGUCUUUUGGUAAAAUGAAGAAUUAUGUAGUAGGUCAAAGUAUAAUUAAUAAGGAAAUGAGAUAUAUAUAUAUACCUAUCAUACAGGAAUUGGGUGAUAAUAUUCUCUCCAUUGUAGAGAUUAAGAAGGAUAAUACUUUAUAUUCGAUUCCUGAAAUAAUGGUGUAUUACAAAAGUAAAACAAAAAAAGAAAUCUCAGAAAAUACACUAAACUUAGUCUUGGAAUGGCUAAGACGUAAACACAAAGUAACUUUGAAAAAAGGCUCUGGUACAAAUAAGGAGUUAUUAGUAAAGUUCUCUAUGCAGAUAGUGACUCAAAUCACAGAAGUUGAAGAAGGUACAUAUAAAUUGAUGAAACAAGAGAACAAUCUAAUCAAAGAAAUAGAACUUAUGGAGCAAAAAAAGCUUAAUAUACUUAAUGAAACAAAAGCAUAUUUGGCAAAAGGAUUGCGUCAACUAGCGAAAACAUGUUUAAAAAGAAAAGUAGAAUUGGAAAAGACUAUAGAAAAGCGUUCACAAGCUCUUGCAAAUCUACGUAUUAUUAUUGCUAACAUUGAAGAUACACGUUCUAAUUCUGCUGUAUUAUCUGCUUAUAAAACUGGAUCUGAGAUAUUGACAAAAAUGAAACAAAGUGGUUUAAUACAACAUAAUGUGGUGGACAUUAUGGACAACAUUAAUGAACUUUUAGAGGAAAACGAAGAAGUAAACGCAACAAUGUCUGAAAUACUAAGCAAUGACAGUGAUGCAGAAUUGGAAAAAGAAUUAAUGGAACUUCUAAAUGAAAAUAACACUGACAUUUCUGCUACAUUUGCUGAAUCAAAAUCAGAAAUUGAUCAGUUGGAGCAACCUUUGAGUGAUUUACAUAUUGAUGAUUUAUCAUUACUUGAUAAAAACAUAACUGCACUAUCAUCUGUGAAAAUAUUACAAGAACCUGAGUGCUUGUAAGUUGCAACAGUUCAUUCUGUUUAGUUUAAUUAUGUAAAAUUAUUUCUAAGGUUUUAAUUAAUUUUCU